AUGUCUGAGCUUGAGUCAGGGAAACGUCCAAUUGAGGAGAGUGUCGAGUCCGAGCCAAAAAAGAGUAAAGUUGACCAUUUUGCAAAUGGUGUUGCCCCAAUUAAAACGGAAUUUAUAAUCUCUUACACGAACGAUAAUGCAAUUGACGAUGAUGCCGCAGAAGCAGCUCCGACAAGUGAGCAGUUGGGUGAUUCCAGAGAUCAAAAAGGCCAGGGCAAGGGUAAGGGUAAGAAUAAGAAUCGUGGACAAAACAAAGCUAGAAAGUUGGUUCAGACUAAGGAAGAUUUGAAAGUUUGUCCUUCUAUUAUCGACCCAGAGGCAGGUAAGCCAUGCCUUAAAGGUAGCGAAUGCAACUGGUGCCACGAUGUAGACGCAUAUCUAGCACAGAAGGAGGAGUGUUUUGAAGGACCUUGUCCUGUCAAAGAGGAACUAGGUUAUUGUCCACAAGGAAUCAGAUGUAGAUGGCUAUAUUCCCAUUUUGAUAAAGAUACCAAAAAAUUGACGUACGAGGAAGGUUACGUUAGAGACGAAAACAAGGGCGAAGUCAAUUUUAUUUCUUUAGAUGACAAGAGAAUGCUAUACAAAAAGAAGUUUGAUUUCCCAGUAAGUGAAGUUGCCUUGGAGAUGUAUGACAAGGAAAGACUAGAGAGAUUCGAUGUUGAGAAGAGGAAGGAAUUAGAGGCUGCCUAUAAUGAAGCCAAAAUCAAAGCGGGCGAAAAGAAGAAACUAGAUUAUAAAAAUAAGAAGGUUGUUUCGCCAUUGACAACAGUUGGAAAUUUACCAUACAGAAGACUAAUGAAAACAUUGGGAGCAGAUAUUACAUUUUCUGAAAUGGCUCUGGCCAACUCUUUAAUUACUGGACAAAACAGUGAGUGGGCAUUACUUAAGGCUCAUAAAUCAGAGUAUCCUGGCUUUGGUGCACAAAUUGCAGCUUCAAAACCAUGGCAAGCAGCAAAAUCUGCUGAAGUCAUUUAUAGAUUUGCCUCUAAUGUCAGUGAAAUCAAUCUAAAUUGUGGAUGUCCGAUUGAUCUAUUAUUUAAAAAGGGAGAAGGCUCUGCGUUGAUGUUGAGUAGUAAUAGAAUGAAGAACUUAUUGAAGGUGAUGAAUGACUCCUCUGGUGAUAUACCAAUUACUGUCAAGAUGAGAAUGGGGGUCAAAGAUAAUAAACCUGUAGCAACUGAGAUCGUUUCCAAGUUAUUGGAUGCUGGUGACAUUGGUGCAAUAACCGUCCAUGGUAGAUCGAGACAACAAAGAUAUACAAAGGAAGCUAACUGGGACUACAUUGAACAAGUUGGUAAAAUUGUCAAGGCGUAUAAUGAACAAUACGAGGAAAAGAAGGACGUAUCUGAUAGACCAAACCCUGUUUAUUUAAUUGGUAAUGGCGAUUGUUAUACCUAUGAAGAUUACUAUGAGCAUGUCGGUAGAGAAGGCAUUGAUACUGUUAUGGUUGCCAGAGGUGCGUUGAUUAAACCAUGGAUUUUCGAGGAAAUAGAAGCACGUCAGUACUUGGAUAAGUCGGCAAGUGAGAGACUGAGAAUUAUAGAAAACUACUCUAGAUUUGCGUUGCAACAUUGGGGUUCCGAUGACUUUGGUGUCAACACAGCUAGAAGAUAUCUCUGUGAAUUCCUUUCCUUUACCUACAGAUACAUUCCAGUGGGUAUAUUGGAGAAAUUACCUCCUAAAUUAAACCAGAGACCACCUAAAUGGAGAGGACGUAAUGAGUUGGAGACACUCUUGGGAUCAAGUGAUUAUAAAGACUGGAUUAAGAUCUCUGAAAUGUUCCUUGGUAAAGCCAACGAAAAUUUCACAUUUAUUCCAAAACAUAAAAGUAAUGCAUAUGAGACGCCUAGAAAUUAA